UAUUUUCUGUUUUCUGUUCUGAUUUAGUCAAAUAACUACUAGUAUAUCAUUGUUCCCCUCCAUACACCUCCCUUUUUUCCAUGCCAAUUAACUCCCGAUCCAUAGAUGCAGAAUAAACAAUGAGAAAGAGGGAGAUCAACACUUGUGGAUCAAGCAAUUUGGUCAACAAGUUUGGUUUUAUAAAUGCUUGAGUUACAAUCUUAUCCAACUAAUCUGCUUAUUUAUGUAACAUUUGCAUUUAUGUAAGAUUUUGCAACUCGUUGACUCCACGAGUUGGACAGAGUGGAAGCUAAACAGCACCUUUACUCACAUCCAAAGAAAAGUUCCAAGCAAUUACAUAACACUUAAAAAACUUUAGAAACAAUUGACUUCAUUGACUCAAGAACAUUUUAUAUACUGACUGAUCACCACUCCCAAAAUCAGCAUCUUUCACUUCAGAUGGAUUACCUCAAAUCACUGACUGAAGUAUUCUCCACAAAUCUUGAAACCCCUCCAUCUUCAGUCCAAUUUAUAGAUGCAGCCCUUUCUUGUACAAGCCCACCCUUUGCACCACCUUACACAGAUCCUAAUCAAAUAUGCAUAAUUCGUAGGCACCUCAUUUCUUUGCUUCAAAAUUAUCCUUCUUUUAGACCUUCCAUCGAUACCUUUACACACGACGAUGGCAACACCGCAAACUUACUUAAUGCAAAUGGGGAAUUGCAAGUCUCUUCUUCAACACCUGCAAUUCCUCUUACCAUUUGGUUACAUGAAAGUUACCCUUUUAUGGCCCCUAUUGUCCUUGUGUCUUUAAAUACUGCCUAUCCAAUUUAUGAUAACCAUCCUUUUGUGGGCUCUUCAGGUUCUAUUUCUUCAUUUUACCUAGUAAAUUGGAAGUACCCUGGCUGCAACCUCUCAGACCUUGUGCACAACCUUAUCAAGAUCUUCUCACAUAAUCAUCCUUUUUACUAUUCAGCUCUUAGUGCUAAUUCCUUUCACCCUUCUCUAGCUUCUAAAAGGGAGGCUGUGGACCGACUCUCGUGCACACUUCAUUAUGACAUGACAGAAUUGCUGUCCAAGACUCUUGAACAAGUGGAGGAGCUUUCAACACUUAGAGAACAAAUGGUUAGAAGGGCUAUUAUUGCAGAAAUUUCAGUUGAUGAGCAUAAGAGUGAAAUGUCAGAAUUGAAGGAAAGGGUGAAGAUUUUGACAGACGAAGCGGAUAAAUUAUCGAGUUGGUUAAGAGUUAAUGAUCAAAGUUCAUUUUCAGAACAUCCAAUUGAGGAUGCAUUUGAAGCCACUGAUGAGAAUUCAAAGGCACUACUUGAAUGUCUAGUAGCAGACAGGGCAACAGAGGACUUGAUAUACUCAUUAAAUAAAGUAGUUGAGCAAGGGGUAGUGAAUUUAAGCACAUAUCUAAAGCAAGUGAGACUUUUGGCCAGAGAUCAAUUCUUUGGUAGAGCUAAGCUUGUGAAAAUGGGAAUAUCACUCCAGUGGCUUGACUGAACAGUUUAUGAUAUUUUCACUACUGAAAGCCAGCAGGCCCAUAUGUAUAGAAAGCCGAAGUUAUGUUUACCUCAAACUUUUUGUUAUUUUGAUAUCCAAGUUGAUGUAAUGCAUUUUGUUACUCUAAUGUCUACUGGUUCAUUAUCUUCUAUGAAGUGUAGCUUGACUC